AUGAUCGUUCAUCAAAUUGAAGCUCUAGUGGGCAUAAGUCCCAGUCUCAUUCAUAUCAUUUUUACUUUUUCAAGUGUCAUUGCUGGUGUGGAUGAAAUUGUUUUGGCUGUCAAUUAUCGACCUGAGGUGAUGGUGGCAGUUUUAAAAGAUACAGAAGAGAAAUAUGGAAUUCGAAUCACUUUCAGUGUGGAAACUGAGCCAUUUGCUGGUCCGCUUGCUCUUGCAAAAGACAUUCUCGGAAAAGAUGAUUCACCAUUCUUUGUUCUUAAUUUUUGA